ACGGCUAACCCACCCUUACACAUGUUCAUGUACAAAACUUCCCCUUCUCUUCUCACUUCUUACUUCUUACUUUGCUUUGCUUAUUUUUCUUGCAGAUAUAUGGAUAUUAGCAGUUUAAUUUGAAAUGUUACUGAUACGAAAUAAUAUGCAAGAAAGAGAUGAUAGUCAUAUUGAGAAGCAAUGGCAGGCGGCUUGCGCUCAGAGGGGUCUGGGAUUUGCGGACCCGGAUACGGAUGCGAAUUUGAAGAUUGAGAAUGGGCAUGGGAAUAAGGAUGCGGAUAUGAAUGUGGAUGUGGAUGUCGGUGUCGGUGGGUUGAAGAAUUUACAAGGGAGAUGUGAUGAGGUGGCCGGAAAAGUAAAUGGGUUUCUACAAGAGGAAUUUGGGGAUGAGGAGGAGGUAUUGAGGGAGGUACAGAAACAGACGAGGAUUGCGCUGGGAGUUAUCGAGGAGUGUUUGCAGAGAUAUAGGUAUGUUAUAUGCGACGAGAGGGUCCGCGAUUUCGUGCGAUGAGUUUGUGGAAUGAUUAGUGAUUGUAUACUACAUUGUAGAUAUGCUAAUAUUGAACACAAAACAGUUUAGAAGAAAUAUCCUUUUCCUACAACGGAGGAAAAGACUGUCUAGUCCUCCUAAUCCUUCUACUCACCGCACUUUCCAACCACCAAUCCACCACCUCCUCUUCCCCAUCCAAUUCCUUAACCUCCAAACCCCCACCGGAACCACUCCCCAACAAACUUCCCUCCGUCUACAUCCUCUCACCGCACCCCUUCCCUGAAGUCGACACCUUUGUCGCCACUUCCUCCUCCCACUACCAUCUCCAACUCUCCCGCUAUGCAUCACCCAUGAAAGAAGCAUUCACUCAAUAUCUACAAGAUCAUACACAUGUAAAGGCGAUUUUGGUAGGGACUAGAAGGACGGAUCCACAUGGUGCAAAUCUAACGCAUUUUGAUAUGACGGAUGGAGGAUGGCCGAGGUUUAUGAGGGUUCAUCCGGUGAUUGAUUGGCAUUAUAGGGAGAUUUGGGGGGUGAGUUUUUAUUUUCUCUUUAUUAGAUCUGUAUUGGUGCUUGUGAUAAUUUUGGGAAAUAUUAUCAUGAAUAAGGCUGACGAGAUAUUAUCUUGAAUAGUUCAUCCGCCAUCUUCAAAUCCCCUAUUGUCCACUCUACGAUCAAGGAUAUACAUCAUUAGGCGGCACAACAGAUACACAUCCGAAUCCAGUAUUAGUAGCCGAUAAUGGGAAAGGAGGAGAGGAAAAGAAAUUUAGACCCGCUUAUGAAUUGGUUGAGGAUGAGGAGGAGAGAUUAGGAAGGGACUAUUGAGUUUUUCGGGAUGUAAUAGAUGGUUUAGUAUUGGAUUGAAUUGGGAGUUGAAGAUGGGGGAAUGGGUACGUUACUCGAAUGGGAAGAGAAAGGUGAAGGUUGGGGGAGAAGGGAGUACGUGGUAGAGUAGAUAUGAAAGGAAGAGAACAUACGAUGGGAAAGAAGGUGGAUGAUGAUGAUGGAGAAUAGAGAAUGGAUAAUAGAUGCAUAUGCACGAUACCACUAGACAGGAGAUCAAUCCACUCGGAAGAAAGAUUACAGAAUACUAGAUUUUGAAUAUUAUAGUGUAGUUAGUAUAGUUAGUAUAGUAAAGGAGAGAAAGUAUAGAGAGCUGGGUUUCAUACACACAU